AUGACUCCCUCUCCGGUUGCCUUCUUUUUGCGUUUGUCCUUCCUACUCCUGCAUAUAAUCCCGGUUCUAGGGGCUCAAAAAGUCCAACCUGAACCGGCUGCUCCUCCCAUAGUGAACAAACCACUACUGGCAAUUCAGAUUGGGAGCAUUGCGGGUGCCUACGUGAUAUUCGUUGCUAUCCUCCUAGCUCUGCUCCUGUUUGUCGGACGUCGUCUGCGUCGGACAGUCCAAUCAUCCAACUAUACACUGCAUAUGGAGAUGCUGAAGCCUGUCAGACCGCCUGUCAGCAUAGAUCCCAGCCCAAUUUCUCCCAUGUCACACAACCCUUCCAGUCCCAAAUCAAGUGCAUUCAAGUCCUGGGGAUCAUCGACCAGGGGUGCCAGACCUUCUCAGCCUUCCGUCAACGGCAGCAUGUUGACCAUCGACGAGUCUAUUGUCGCCACCGACCGGCAAAGAGCCCAGGAUGAGAUGGAGAUGCUGUAUGCUGCUGUCAUGGAGCAUGAUGCCCAGAAGGCCUCGGUCCCUGAUGUGUCUGGAAAGGAACCAGAGUAUUAUGCCCCGUCCCCAGACAGCCCGCUCACCAACCCAUUCACGGACCGUGGCUCCCAUGGCUCUGAAAACUCCCUGGCGCCAUUGAAAUCCCCAACCAAAGGAUUCAACAGUUCCCGUCUCUCCAAGCUAUUCAACUCUGGCUCCCGUGCGAAUCCAGACCCAAGCAAGGUGCGCUCUCCACGUCUGGCUCUCCGCAAAAUGGCCAUCUCAUCUCCAAUGGCGUCGCCGGCGGCUGCUACGCCUCAAACCUACGAGUUUGAUAACCCACCACUCUCACCGCGGAUUUAUAACCCCGGUCCUCCACCAGUGGUGCCAGGACAGCAACCAAGCCAACAGCACCUAAGCCAACAGUACCUCAGCCAACAGCAACCAAACCAACAGCACUUAAGCCAACAGCCGACAAUCCAAGGUACCAUGCUCAGUCCAAUAAAACCUGCCACUGGUCGUGCUCGUGCACCAGCCCCUCUAGCCCUGGCCACUGCAUCACCAUCAUCCUCAUCAUCUCUUCCCUUCCGUGAAGCCUAUCCACCACAAAGCGCCCCGGCAACCAAGACUACCAUCCUGGAACGACCCAUGAAGUCCCGGGCAGGCCCGGUCACCGGCAUGGCCACACCAUACAGCCCAUACAUGCCCUUCACCCCUGUGACCCCCUUCACACCUGGACGCACAGUGACCAAGCGCCAGCGCAAGCGAGAAGAGCGCAGCAACGGCCUCCAAGUAUUAAACGAAGACGACCUAGUCAGAGGCGACGAUGAUAUCUGGGGAUGA